AUGGAAAUCAACUCACGAGCUUUCGAUAUAAUGGACUGGAACAUUUAUGGUUGUGCUCGAAAGAUCGUACCAAAUCUAGAGGUUACAAUCGACGUGUCGUGUCGGUUGUUAAAUCAAGUGCAAAAGCAACUUCAAGGUACUACAGGGAUCAAGGUACAAAUUUUACUCGCAAAUUACCGUAAAUUACCCGAAAAUUCUUUCCCAGCUCCUUUAAAUGACGCCAUGACAAUGUUUAAUUACCUCGUGUACGACGAACAAGUGGUACCAAAGAAUAUUAUUCUCGCAGGUGAUAGUGCCGGUGGUGGCUUGGUACUUGCUACAUUAUUACGUUUACGACAAGCUGAACGAGAGAUGCCAUUGGCAGCACUUUGUAAUUGUCCAUACGCUGAUAUGUCCGCAGAUGUGUCAGUAUCAGAUCAUUGUUUUAUUUCAAAAUCCAUGUUAGAUGCCAUUCGUGACUUUUGUAUUCGGACAACACCACGAGCUUUUUGGUACGAAGGAGUGAUGUUACAAACGGAUUUGAGAGGGUUACCUGCUUUAUUUAUACAAGCAGCAGAAUUUGAUAUUUUGCAUCAUCAAUCGUUACAAUUGGCUGAAAAUGCACGAGCCGAUGGGGUACAAGUGGAAUUGGAUAUUAAUAACCAUAUGCCACAUGUUUUUACACUAUUUCCACAUUUUAUGAUGCCACAAUCAUCGCGUGGAAUUCAAAAUUUUGCUGCUUUUAUUACACACCAAGUGAUGACGCAUCGACUACCUGUGCAAAUACCACAAAUGGCUUGUGCUUUUUAA